UAAGACAAACUUGGCAGCCGGACGCGAUCGUCUCAUAUACAUAUCUACAUAUACACAAUACACAUGCCGAAAUAGUCACGUUUCGUGUCUGUCACGCACGAGAUAAUAGGCAUAGUACAGCAUUCGGACGUGCCACGAUGACAGCUCGAGUUGACACAUUUCAUUGAAUGUUGUUAUCGGACCGCGAGAUUAAUUUUCCCGCGUCAUACGUGCGACGAUUCCUCGCUAAUAUAAGCUGUUUUGCACUCUGAUUAUGUUAUUAUAUGUUGACUAGAGUACCAUUUUUGAGAGCAGUCCAAUCACAGUUACUGAGAAACUCUACUACAGAAGUAAUAAACAAUUAUACAACAAUGUCCAAGUUUGAUUUGCCAGAUCGCUUUGUUGGAAAUGAUAAAUCUGUUUGGGUGGAGUACAUACAAUUAGCACUCCAACAUAAACCAGUAAAUCUAGGACAAGGUUUUCCUAACUUUCAUGCUCCUGAAAAUGUUAGAAAAGCUUUAGCAAAUGCUGCAUUGAAUGAAAACCCUUUGUUGAAUCAAUAUACUAGAGGAUUUGGUCAUCCAAGAUUAGUUAAUGCGAUAGCUGCUUUAUAUUCUAAACUUUUGUCAAGAAAACUGGAUCCAACCACUGAAGUCAUUGUUACAGCAGGAGCUUAUGAAGCUUUGUAUGCUGCAAUUCAAGGUCAUACUUCACCAGGUGAUGAAUGGAUUAUCAUAGAACCAUUUUUUGAUUGCUAUGAACCAAUGAUAAGAACAGCUGGAGGAAUUCCUAAAUUUAUUCCUUUAAAACCAACAAAGAAUAGUGGAAUAAUUAGUUCUGGGGAUUGGAUAUAUGACAAAAAUGAAAUGGCUAGUCUUUUUAAUGAAAAAACAAAAGGUAUUAUUUUAAAUACACCUCAUAAUCCCUUGGGUAAAGUAUUUACUCACGAUGAGCUUAGUUUUAUUGCUGAUCUUGCGAAGAAAUGGAAUACUCUGGUAGUAUCUGAUGAAGUAUACGAAUGGAUGGUUUAUAAACCCCAUGAACAUAUAAGGAUAGCUACACUUCCUGACAUGUAUGAAAGGACCAUUACUAUUGGGUCCGCUGGUAAAACCUUUAGUGUAACAGGUUGGAAAAUAGGCUGGGCUUAUGGACCAGCAAAUUUAUUGAAAAAUUUGCAAGUAGUUCAUCAAAAUUCUCUCUACACUUGUUCAACACCGAUACAGGAAGCAGUAGCUGUUGGAUUUGAAGAAGAGUUAAAAAAAUUCGGUCAGCCAGAUUGUUAUUUCACUAGUCUUGCCGAAGAAUUAUUAGAAAAACGUGAUUUUAUGGCGAAAUUUUUGGCGGAUGUCGGCAUGGCACCGACGAUACCAGAAGCUGGAUACUUCAUGGUAGCCAAUUGGACACAGUUAGAAAAAAAUGUGAAUUUAGAUGAGGAGCAAGAUGAAUAUAAAGAUUAUAGAUUCACAAAAUGGAUGACGAAAAACGUCGGACUUCAAGGCAUUCCUCCCUCCGCAUUUUACAGUAAAGAGCACAAGCAUUUAGGAGAAGACAACGUUCGUUACUGCUUCAUUAAGUCGGAUGAUGUUCUUCAAAAAGCGGCUCAAAUCUUGAUCGACUGGAGUCAGAAAUCAUCAGAUAAAAAAGUCGAGAAAAAUUGAGAUUUCUCGUGGGUGCUUAUAUUGAGUUUUUUAUGCUCGAUGAUAUGCAAGUUAAAGAAGAAGAAUUUAAUAUUUCAAAAUUUUUAAUUUUUAUAAUCAAAUUUCAUAUAUUGCAAUGUGAUAGGAGAAAAUCUAUUAACAUUCUUAUUGUGAUAAAGACGAAUAUUAUAUUUUUACUA